AUGGAAGCUGAUCAAGGAAGCGCCGAAUCAGGCCUGCUCGAUGCGCUGGAGCAUCUAGAAGCCGUCGCGUAUGUUCCCGCUAAACAGCGGUACACAGAUGCCGGCCAGCUAGCCAAAACAAUUGCGUCGGACGCGCACGAGAGCGGCAUUCCGCGGGCAGCGCUGGGCCGUCUUCUCAAAGUGCUCACGGCAAGAAACAACCUUGACCAAGGGACGGUGACAUCUCUUGUCAAGAAUCUGUAUCCGCGCGAACGGAUAUUGUCGAAACAUGUUACGCAGGUCGUUUGUUGUCUGGGUCCUAGCAAGUCCAAGCCCACGCCCGCGACGCAGGCGCUGCUGGUGCGCUGGUUGAUUGUUGGCUACGAUGUUCUGGAGGAUAAGUCUCAUCUGGGCAAGCUGUAUGCAGUUUUGUUCAAUCAUCUUGAUAUGAUUAGUCUUCGGAAACCGCUUUGUCAUUUGUUAUCGCUGAUUACGCGGAGGAAACACGUGAAGCCGUUUCGGAUCCAGGCUCUUAUGGAGUUGAUUCAGAAUGCUGGGGGUGAGGAUAGGGAGCUGGUUUGUUUGUUGAAGGUUUUCAAGAACUAUUAUCCUGAGAUUGUUGUUGGGGAUGCUGGGUCGAGGCGAGCGGGUCUGUUUUUCAAACACCCUGAUCCCGAAUGGCCUGGGCAUGUCAAGGUCUUGCAGGACCGCAAUGCGAAAAUGAUGGAUGUCAAUCAGCAGCAAUCGAGCUAUCAGGUCGUUCAUCGGGGAACGGUGAAACGGAGCAGGAUUGAGGUUGUGAUCCCUGUGCUGCAAACUUCGCGGGUGUCGAGGAAACAUACCUCGUUGGAAGAAAUUCGGGAUAUUGAUCAUUUUGUCGACAAGUUGGAUCGCAUUGAGCUUCCUAAUCAGAUAAUUUCGACGCUUGGAGAUGCGAUGGCGCAGAAAUAUCUCCAUUUGGUGCAGUCUGAAGCUGCAAAUCAUCGUCUUGACGAGUGGUUGAGGAAUUUCUUGGAUGAUAGACUGGAGCAGGUUCGCAAUGAUGAUGACGAUGAACCGGAGACGCUUUCAUAUGUCCUCAGCUUUGUCGAGGGGUAUGCCUCUUUUACCAAGCAACUUCUUCCCUCGGUGCGGUCUUUCUUGGAAUCCUAUCUUCAAGUAUGGAAUGGCCGAGACAACCGCGAGCAAGUUCUCAGGUUGCUCCAAUAUUUGCCCAUUGAAUCUUUCGCAACUCUUCAAACCACCAUACUAUCAUCACUUGAAUCUCGUUUGCUAGACGCGACGCUCUCGUCUAGAGCUGCUCUGCUCGAUUUCUAUAGAGCAUUGAUUGCAGAAUGGGGCGUGAAACUCCGACUCGAACCAUCCGUCUCAGAAGAGUCAGAGCCCUUAACCCAUAUCAUCAAACAUGCGGAGCUUCUAGCCUCCUCCAUUCAAGAAUUUGCACCCACAACCGACGACGACGACACUCCCGCCAACCCGGCAACCCUACCAGUCCUCCGCUUCUACAAAUCCCUCGCAGACCUCUUCUCCCACGCCUCAACAAAUGCCCGAAUCCGCAUCACAGUCCCCCAAGCCGCAACCGUGUACACAAUCGCCUUCACACCCAGCAUCUCCACCAUAUCAGGCCUUAACUCCAUCCUGGCAGGCUACAAAUCCGCUUUCGAAUCCUCACUCACCUCCCAAGUCCUAACAUUACCCAACCCACCGGACCCACUCUACGACACGAAACUCGUCGGUGAAUUCAACGGCUACGUGAUGGACAUGUGCAACCUCCUCUGGCGCAACCGCGCCCUCAACACCGACGACCCUAAUGCAAUGGGCUGUAUGAUUCCAGCCGCGAGUACAACCGCCUUGACAACAUACGUGCGAAGCGUGAAUGACGCUUCCAGACACUAUGAUCGUGAAAGCGCGUUCCAUGUGACGCUCGCGUCGAUUUUCUCUCUCAGUCACCACGCGGCGUUCUGUAAUCUUUCGGCGGCUGCUUUUGCGGAGUUGGAGAGUGAGCAGGGGGUUGUUGAUGAGGGGAGGCCGAGGAUGCGGAAACCUGUUACUCAGAAGGCGUUGCAGGCGCUUGAGAAGGAUGGGGGUGUGAAGAUCUCUUGGCAGGAGUAUCGCGUGUAUAUGCUGGAUUGGUUGGAUGCGGUUGGGAGUACGGGGACGGCGGGUUUGAUGAGAAGUACCAUGAAGGCUUUGAGGAAGGAGUGA